AUGAGUAAUAGUAAUCGUACUGUAACUGUUGCAAGUGUAAACGAAGGGCCUAUUAUUGAUUGCCAUGGAAAAGAUUUGGAAAACAAUGAUAUGCUAAUUGUUGAUUUACUAACAUUAAAUGGAUAUCGAUCACUCAACAAACUUAUUUUAUCAAAUAAUAAUAUAAGUAACUUACCUGAACAUCUACUGAAGAAAUUAAAACCUGUGAAAAGUUUAGAUUUAUGAAAUCUUAUGGAAACGAUACAUACAAGCAUAUUUAUAGAUUUGAGUAAUCUUGAAGAUUUAAAUCUUUCUAAAAAUAAAUUAAGUUUUGACGAUUCAUUACUGAAAGUACUUCCUACAUUAUUAACGUUAAAUGUUAGCCAUAAUCAUAUUCAUACAGUAGAAAGUGUAGCAGACAAAACUACAGUAAAUAUUAUUUAUCUCACUUUGUCUCAUAAUAACAUAUCCAGUUUACCUAAGAAAUUCUUUGAACUGUUACCAAAUCUGCAAUAUCUAGACCUAUCAUUUAAUAGAAUUCAUUCUUUGAUGGACUAUAGUUUUAACACGUCUAAAUUCAUUGAAAGUGAUCUCUAUAACACCAAUUUCCUUACUUCGCUGGAUAUACAUAUUUCCAAGUCUUUAAUCAAACUACAUUCUGGACAUAUUCAGAUUGCAGAAAUAUUUUAUGAAUCAUCUCAGCUUAAAGUACUAAAUGUAGAGUACAAUAAUAUUUCUGAAAUAUAUAAAAAUGUAACAAAAUUGAACGAGUUAACGGAUUUGAAUGUCGCUGGAAACGCAUUAUAUGAUUUUCCAAAUACUUUACUCGAGAAUCUAAGAAAGUUAGAUUUGUCUAACAAUAAAUUGCAGUAUAUCCCCGAGUCAUUGUCUGUUCAAAAUUUUCCACUCUUGCUUGAACUUAACAUUAGCAAAAAUCCGAUUCAAAACUUAACGUUUCGUUCGGAUUUAAAAUUACACUCGUUUAUUGCAAGUAAUAUAAGUACUUUGAAGACUAUUGACAAAGAUACGUUUGCACACUUCAGAAUGCCUCCAACAGAUUGUAUCAGAGUUACUAUAUCCAAUAAUGAAAUGUUAUCUUUCAUUCACGAAGAUGCAUUGAAACAUUUAAAAUUAUGUUUUUUGGAUCUGAGGAACAACCGACUUUCCUAUGUGUCACAAGAGUUAGUUAUGAACAGUGAUACUUCAGUAGUACUUGAUAUCAAUUUGCAAGGAAAUCCAUUCAAAUGUAAUUGUUCUCUACAAUGGAUGUUAAAUGAUUUAAUACCAAGCCUGUAUUUCACACGGCCUGAUCUUCUAGAUAAUUUACGGUGCGCUUGGCCUCCACAAAUAUCAAACGUCAGAAUGGUACAUUGGUAUGGUUGGAAAGAACAAAUUUUUUGUAAUAUGUCAAACUUGAAUGAAAAUCUCAUAAUGAAGGUUGAUAAUGUAGUAAAUAAGAAAGUAACAUUUGAGUCCAGUACUGGUUGGUUAAUUGUUAUGGGAAUAGCUCUAACUGUAUUAUCAAGUUUAAUAAUAAUAGGCAUUAUUUGGACACAAAAAAUUGCCAUGAAAAAGAGGAGAAUUAAUAGGAAGUUUUAAUAUUUAUUACUCUCUAUUAUAUAAAUUUAUCUGUCUUAUAUUUUUUAUAAUGAUAUAAUUUGUAAAUAAG